AUCUGUGGUAUAGCAGCCGCACACACCUCGUUGGAUUUAAACCUGUGCAUUUAUUCCCUGUGAGCGUCAGAGAUUGCUUAUUCUCUCUCUCUCAGUACCUUGAGUGAGAGAGAGUGUGUGUGUGUGUGUGUGUGUGUGUGUGUGUGUGAAGGAAAACACAACACCGCCAGCUUGGGAACUCUCACCUGCCUCCAAGCCCCGAGUCCCCUGAGCCCUUGAAAGCGAGCGUAAGAUGGGAGGGGGUGGGACGGGACCAGUCUUGUUUAGUAACCCCGUUGCUGCCAGAGACGGGAACGUGCCGCUCUCCUUCGCUGGUUCGAGAGAAAACACUGUGAGUCGAACUGGAAUACCGAAGAGGAGAAAGAACGAGGACAACACGUACGCCACCUCCUCACAGCAGUACAGUAAUCUCAAGUUUCCCCGCUAACUUGGCUCCUCCCACCGCGGCCCUUACCCACCCCCUGUGCCCGCCUAAUUCCGCCUCCCGCCGCCUGUGAUGUGGUGGCGCUCGUGUUCUCUGGUGAUCCCUGGCCAACAAAAUAAAGCAGACCCCUUUCCUCUUUUCACCAUAGAGAAAAGUGAACAGAAAACGGAGGAAAAAAAAGAAAAAAGAAAACUACUAUAAUUAUCUUACCCCCCACCCAGUUGUACUAACGCAUAGAGGGGAAGAAAACGCAGAAAAACAAAACUGAAAAAAAAAUCAAGAAAAAACUUAACCCUUUCAUCCGUCUCGCCUGUGAGGAAAUAACACCAAUAUGGCCUUAAACAACAAAGUGCUCAUUCCACUCACGCCUUCCCAGUCCAGCUCGAGAAACACAUCAGCCCUCCCUCUUCCAGCCCUCUCGCGCCAUUAGCAUAAGUGUGUGUGUGUGUGUGUGUGUUUGUGUGUGUGUGAGGGUGAGACAGGGGCACAGGAAGGCAGACUGAGAUAAGAGGAAAGCUAGACUAUAAUAUUUACCCCAGCGAUAAGCACCAGGAGGAGGAGGAGGAGGAGGAGGAGGAGGAGGAGAAGUGCAGAGUGUGUUUGUGUACUCAGGACAAGAAUAAGGACGCGGAGGACCAAGGAUGCGUGACGUGGUGGGUCUCCUUGCCUUCCCCAUAACCCUGAUUACUCCUACUUUUCCUCCUUUUUUUCCUCUUUCCUAAAUCUCUAUACUUUCUUUCUUUCCCUGAGCUGUUUCCUCCGUGACCUUUAUCCUAAUCUCGUCCAAACUCCGAUUCCUCCCAGUUUUUUUCCUUUUGUCUUGCCUAUUUUUUUAUCCUCCCUUAUUUUUCAUCCUCCUUUCCUUUUUUUCCUUCCUCUGUCUUUUAUUUUUAUUUUCCUUAAGCUCCUGACCUUUCCCCUCCACUCUUAUCAACCCGCCACCUCAAUUUUCCCUCCUCUUCCAACAAUCUUAUCUUCUCAUUCUUCCCUUCUUGACCCUAACCCUUUCCUCGUAACCCCAUUCCAUUUUCCCUCCUCCCUUGGCAGCACUCAUUCGUCCAUUUCCAUUCUGUCCUUCAUUCACCUUUCGUCACCCAUUCCUCCUCGUUCCCCUUCCUAGAAAGACUCGUUCACCCAUUCACUGUCUUUCCAUUCUGUCCUUAGCUAAUCUUCCUUUCCUUAUGUAUUCCUUGCUUUUUUGUCCCCUUAGUGUUAUCCUUUAAUUCAUUUUUCAUCCCCAUUUUCUCCUUCAUUUUACCGUCUCUCGUUACCCAUUUCUAAUUUCUCUUCUCUUCUAUUCAUCUUUCCAUUCCUCCCAUUCCUGACCCUUUUCCUUCUUCUCUCAUUUCUACCCUUUCCUUUUCCCUCUUCUAACCAUAUCUAAUUCUUUCCUCUCCUAACCCUUCCUUCCUUCAUACUCUCCUGUUUUUUCCCCUAUCUUCCUUUCCUUCAUACCUUCUUAUUCUCUCCCUUCUAACCUAACCUAUUCACUAUACCCUCCUCUUCUUUCCUCUUCUAACCUUCCUUACCUCAUCUAUUCCUACCCUUGGCGUCACUCAAUCCCACACCCAUUUACCCAUGCUGAGAAUCCCUUCGCCUGGAGAACCUGUGCUAUCCUACGCCACGUCCUCCCCCAUGACGCCCACGGUACAGCACCACUGGCAGCUGGAGUGCUGGGGGCGCGGAUGGGCGUGGGAGGGGUGUGAGGGCGCCAGUGACGGGUGGGGCAACGUGUCUCUGGUGCCCUUGAAGCAGCGCGCCGUGGAGGUGACGUGGGUGUGGCCCGAGUGGUCUGACGCUGACGGGGAGGUGAUGCCGCCCCCCGGACCCUCAGACGCUGACCUCCGCUACCAGGUGGAGUACGGACCCCUCAAUGCCCCGUUCAUGCUGGGACGCGUUGGGGGCAGCAGCAGGGGGGUGACGCUGGAGGAGGGGGUGGAGCCUUUCACUACGUAUGAGGUGAAGCUCACGACCGACGCUAUGGCAAACACGUCAGCCAUCUUCUUCCAGAUCGUAGAGACUGUGACGGAGAAAGGGUCAGGAAGAGUAAGAGCGGAGGAGGUCCUCUUGGUGAUCUUGGUCCUCGUGCUGUGGGCGGUGGCCAUACUCCUCUUUUUCCACAGAUGGGGCAAAAUUCGCAUGCUUGAGCCCUACCAGCCGGAGUACAAGGCCCUCAACCACUCCCCCGCCUGCCCCCUCGCCCCCACCACCCCCACGCAGACGCAGCCCAGGCCGCAGAAUGCCAAGCCACUCCUGCCUCGCAAAAGUUCGUCGCUGUGCUUCACUCCAUCCAUGCUGCGGACGGUUCACGUGCCGCCCCCCGCGUGCCGCAUCAGUGUGCCGCACAUAGACCAGGACGCCGCUGCCCAGGUGUUCCCGCGCCGCCCACCAGAGCCCCGCCUCCCACGUGCACCUGACCCGCCAUCGCCUGCGCCUCGCCUCAGACUCCAUGGACCACAGCACGGGGCGCUCCCAUGACCAGGUGGAGGUGUCCAGGAAGGUCCGCAGCGCAGAGAACCUGAGGCAUUACCGCAUCGCCAGCACCUACUGCCGCGGGUACAGCGAGGGAGAGCGCGGUGCACGGGACGCAGCCUGGGCUGGGCGAGGGCCUGGGCGUGCCGCACAACCCCCUGGGCGCGCCGCCGCUCGUGCCAGAGCCAGAGUCUGGAUCUGGAGCACUACCGCUCUCCCCACGCCGGGCCCCCAGGAAGCGGUGGCGCGCGGGCCGCAGCUGGGACAGCACGUCCGUCACCAGCCUGCGUCGCUCCCCCACGGCGGGGCCCUCCUCAGCGGGCGCCGAGCCUGUGUGCACAACGCCCGAGCUGCGGGUGUCUCCCACGCCCCCGGACAUCACCACCCCACCAUCCGCACACCCACAUCGUCCUGCAGCGCCAGGAGACCAUCAUGGACGACACCACGCUCUUCCAGGUGCCCUACGCCACGCUCAUGGAGGAGGAGCUCGAGAAUGACGCCUAGCCACGCCCCAACAAACAGGGGGGCGCCG